CUGUGAGCGUUUGUGAGCGAUGGAGCCGGUGACCCGCACCGUCAGCUCUCUGGGUCUGACCGUCAUCGAGGCGUUACGAUCUUUCACUGAGCUGUUUCUCACACAGCCUCUGUGCGCAACGCUCUCUCAUCUGGGUGAGACUGACCUCAGAACGCUGGACGGAGAUGAUCGGGUGUUUAAGGCCAGAGAACUGUGGGAGAGUUCAGGAGCCGUAAUCAUGGCCGUGAGGAGACCGGGAUGAUUCCUGUGCAGAGAGGAGGCGUCUGAUCUCUCCUCUCUGAAGUCUCAGUUAGACGAGCGUGGAGUGGCUCUGGUCGCUGUGGUCAAAGAGAACAUCGGCUCAGAGAUUCACGACUUCAGACCUUACUUUAACGGAGAGAUCUUCCUCGAUCAGCAGAGAGGGUUCUACGGGCCGCAGGAGCGCUGGAUGGGCGUCUCGGGGAUUCUGCGGGCUGGCGUUUGGAUGAACGGUUGGAGGGCGUAUCAGAGCGGAUACGGGGGAAACGUGCGGGGUGAGGGCUUCGUCCUGGGUGCGGUUUAUGUCAUCGGACCGGGUCAACAGGGAAUCCUACUGGAGCACAGAGAGAUGGAGUUUGGAGACAAAGUCAACAUGUCUGACGUCAUUCAGGCUAUUGAACAGAUAAAAACUGAUAUUAAAAAAGCCUAACAUAUCACUCACUUACUGAAAACUCCUACAGCUUGAAUGUUUGUUAUUCUAACCUGAAUAUGAAUCUUGAAAAUAGCAGAAAAUGUAAAGCCAUCCAUAUGUAAACACUAGUGAUAUAUAUGUGUGUGUGUGUGUGUGUGUGUGUGUAGUUGAUGACAGACUGACUCUAAACUCAAAUGACGGAUCAGUCUCGAUGUUUCACGCUCUACAUACACACGCAAAAACCUAUAAAAUACACCAAUAAAACACACACUAGAGUCGA